AUGCACAACCCGCACCUCACCGGCUCGGCGACCUUGUCUGGUGCGCCAUUCUCCAAGUCGCACGCCUUCUCCCUCCUGCAGACAAUCCACCGCCCGCCCGAUCUUGGCGGCGCGCCCUCGCUCAGGACCCGUCACCACCACCACCACCACCCUGGCUCGCUGCACGACUUCUCCACCCCGGCGCACUUCAACUCGACCCUGCCCACGCUCAACUCAUCCAUGUGCUUCGACCCGCACCCACCGCAACCGCACGAGCAACAGCCGUCCUCGCUCGUGUCCUCCUCCUCGCACGUGCCCUCGAGUGCUCGCUCAACCAGUUGA